AUGGCACCAACACCGUCUCAACACCUUCCAUCCAUCGAUGUCGAUGUUCUCAUUGUCGGCGCGGGCCCGGUCGGCCUCAACUUGGCUUACCAGCUGCGCCGGUACUCGUCAGGUCCAUCCCAAAGCUCGAGGGUAACUCCGAUAUCGAUCCAUAUCAUCGAAAAGCACCCCAAGCCAGUGCAAGAACACUUCGGCCGUGCCGUCACGUUCUGGCCGCGGUCCAUGGAGAUUCUCGCCCAGAUGGGGCUGGCAGACCAGAUCACGCAGCAGUGUGUCGCAGUGCGCUCGUCCGCAGCCUACGACGCGACGGGGAACGAAGUCUUUGGACGUGGAUGGAGUUUCCUCGAAGGCAUUGAGGACACGCGGUUCAAGUUCGCGAGUGUCCUUCGACAGAAAUUCGUCGAGGACAUUGUUCGCGCGAAACUGAACGAGCUCGGGGUCCAAGUCAGCGAGAUGCGCAAAUUCGUCGGCCUGGAGGUAGAUGAGUCCGUGCCGCCGGGAGAGAUGGGCAGAGUCAAGGCCACCAUCCUCGACAUGUCUGGCGGCGAGGGUCACGACAAGGAGUAUACGGUCAGGUGUCGAUACCUGAUCGGCUGCGACGGGUCGAGGACAGUGGUCCGGGGCGCGGCCGGGAUCGAAUCCGACGGGGACAGGACCGAAGACAAAUGGGUGAGAAUCGACGGAGUGUUGAAGAGCACCAGCAUGCCCAAACCGCGGUCUUAUGGAGCCAUCGAGAGUCCCAUCUACGGAAACGUGCUUUGGAUCCCGCUCGACCACGGCGCCACCCGCAUCGGAUUCGCCCUGAAUGAAGACCGCCGCAAGCUGUACAAGGAGCUCAACGAGGCCGUCUUCGUUCAGGAGGCGAAGCUGUCGGUGAAGCCGUUCGAAAUCGAGUAUGAGCGAGUCGACUGGGCAAGCGUGUACAGUGUCGGCCAGCGCGUGGCGAGGACCUUCUGGGCCAAAGAGUCGGUUUUUGUCGCAGGCGAUGCUGCUCACAGCCACAGUUCCGGCGCCGGCCAGGGCAUGAACGCCGGAAUGCACGAUGCCGCCAACCUGGGCUGGAAACUGGCCCUCGUCUUGACUGGCGUCCUCAAACGCGACGUGCUCGCCACCUAUGACCUCGAGAGACAGCCGAACGCGAAGAGGCUGAUCAAGUACGACGAGGACAUCAGCGUCCUGGUCACCGGGAGACUGCCGAAAGGCUGGACGGGAGAUCCGAACGAAGAUCCGAACGUUGUGCUGGGGAGAAUUCUACAGGAAGCGAAAGGGUUCAAUACCGGCCUGACCAUCGGCUUCGACCCGAACAUUGCUGUCCUGGGGGACGAUGGUGGCCAGGACGAAGCGGUGUUGGCGAAACGCACUCUCGUCCCGGCCCCGGCCAUUCCCGGAUAUCGAGCGCCAGAUGUCCAGGUGCUGACUCCUGCCUUGUGGGAGCCCGUCUGGCUGCAAAGUCUGAUGCCCAACCUGGCCAGAUUCUACGUCCUGGUCUUCGUGGGCAAGUCGCCAGAGGCGAAAGCUGAGUUCAUGGAGCUGAGAGCCGACCUUCAGAAGAAUCCUCACUUGAAGCUCGACAAGACCACCCAGCCCGAAUCCAAUGGCACCGGCACCCACCUAAACGGCUCGUCUUAUCGAUCGUGGCCUGUUGACUUCCUCACCAUACUCCCUGACAAAGUUGGCAAUGCAUGGUUCGAGCUUGGAACAGACCCUGUGGGAAGAGUGUACUAUGACAACGACGGCGUCGCUAACCGCCGGUAUGGCGUCAGCGACACCUCAGGGGCAGUGUUUGUUCUGCGGCCAGAUGGCUGGAUCGGCGCGAAAUUUCCUCUGGGAUCGAAGGGCCUGGUGGAUGCCAUUGAUGCGUACUUGGGCGGCUUGCUUCUUCGGUAG